AUCAAACCCAUAAAAUAAUAGAAGAGUAGAGAAGGCCAAGCGAUACCCGCUAUACCCCAAGGGAAAAUUUCCUUCUUCUGAAUCGUCAAUGGCGGCGCCGGCGACAUCUUCUUCGACAAGCAACACAACUGCUACUCCGGAAACUUCCGUAAGCUACCGAAGAUUUGGUAAAAUUAGAAAUAUGACGGAAUCAAAGAGGGAAAUAUUAUUCUUGAUAUUUCAGCUUCUUGAAAAUCAAAAAUAUGAAGGAACUCUUCAUAGGUUGGAGCAAGAAUCUGGACUCUAUUUUAAUAUGAAGUACUUUGAGGAUUUGGUGUCCAAUGGGAACUUGGAUGAGGCAGAGAACUACUUAUCAGGUUUUAUAAAUUUUGAUGAUAAUCGACAUUCUUGUACGACCAUUUUUGAAAUCAGGAAGCUUAAGUACUUGGAGGCCUUGGAUAGGCAAGAUAUUGCCAAGGCUCAUAAAAUUCUUUUGAAGGAUUUAAAGGUUUUCGGAUCUAUUAAUGAAGAAGUCUUCAAGCAGCUAACACUUCUAUUUUCCUUUAAAAAUUUUAGAGAAAAUGAGUUACUAUCGAAUUAUGGAGAUACUAAGUCAAUGAGAAGGCGAUUUAUUGACAUAUCGAAGGAGCUAAUAAAGGAAAAUCCAAAGUUGCAUGCUAAGCUAAAAUUUCCAGCCAUAAAGGAUCAUAGGUUAUUGAAAUUGAUAAUUCAGAGUUUGAAUUGGCAACACACUCGAUGUAACCCUCGCAAGCGCGAACCUCUCUUUAAUACACUUUUUGAGGAUCAUAAUUGUGGACAAUCCAGGCCCAUGCCUAUGAACAAUUCAAUGAUGAAUACUGCUCCAGGCCCAAAAGCUCGUCAUGGCGCUUUAGCUGACAAUCUAGUAAGCUACCUGAGAUUUGGAGGUAAAACUAGAACAAUGAGGGGAUUAACGAUGGAAAUAUUAUUCUUGUUAUUUCAGCUACUUCAAAAUGAAAAAUAUGAAGGAACUCUUCAUAGAUUGGAGCAAGAAUCUGGACUCUAUUUUAAUACGAAGUACUUUGAGGAUUUGGUGUCCAAUGGGAACUUGGAUGAGGCAGAGAACUACAUAUCAGGUUUUAUAAAUUUUGAUGAUAAUCGACAUUCUUGUAAGACCAUUUUUGAAAUCAGGAAGCUUAAGUACUUGGAGGCCUUGGAUAGGCAAGAUAUUGUCAAGGCUCGAGAAAUUUUUUUGAAUGAUUUAAAGGUUUUUGAAUCUUUUGAUGAAGAACUCCUCGAGCAGAUUACACAUCAAUUUUUCUUGAAAAAUUUUAGAGAAAAUGAGUCACUAUUGGAUGUUGGAGAUAUUAAGUCACUAAGACAACGAGUUCUCUUUGAUGUAAAGAAGCUGAUAGAGGAAAAUCCAGAUUUGCAUGAUAAGCUAAAAUUUCCAGCCAUAAAGGCUGAUAGGUUAUGGGAAUUGUUAGGACAGAGUUUGAAUUGGCAACACACUCGAUGCAACCCUCCCAAGCCUGAACCUCUCUUUAAUACACUUUUUGAGGAUCAUAAUUGUGACAAUUCUGGCCCAUGCCUAUGAACAAUUGAAUGAUGAAUACUGCUCCAGGCCUAGAAACUCGCCCUGCUGUUUCAGCUAACAGUCCAGAGAAAUGCCAAAACACAUGAUGUUGAGAUCGUCAACCAAGUUUAGAAUGGUUCAAGAGGGUUUGAGCAAUGGUCGUACCAACAUUGCAAGUGCCAAUCAUAUAUUCUAGGUUUUGUGUUCCAUAAUACUUGCUACUGAUAGUGACAUUAGAUUCAGUAGCAAGUAUUAUGAAACAGAGAAAGUAUAAUUGAUUCUUAAUAGUCAUACCAGCUUGUUGUAGUUUAAUUCUUAAUAAACAUAAUUGAUUCUUGAUGGUCAUACCAACUACAGGUUAUAUUUGAUAGAUACAUAAUUUUUCUCAAUAGGUUUUUUACUGAUACAUAAUUGUUGGUAUACAUAAUUCUUGAUGGUCAUACCAACUACGUGUACAUAAAUAUUCCUAGUUGGUAUACAAAUAGUUUUGAUUGUUGUUUA